AUGUACAAAGAGCAAAACCUGUUUUCAUGUGCCAUGCACUCGGAGCCCGUGAUCGCUGUUUUACUCGUAAUAUUUUUAGAUAAGUUCUCCACACUGACUGAUGACGAGGUGUCCGUGUUAUUCUGUUUUCUGUGUUCUGACUCCGGUCCUCCUGACUUCACUGACACAGAGUGGCUGGACUUGUUUAAUGUGAUACGAGAGAAAGUGUAUAAUAAAAAGAAUCCUGUAACACGUGAGGAGGUACAGCAGACUCUGGAGAGACUGAAGUCACGUGAUUACCUUUGGGAAGAUCAGGACAAGAUAACAAAGGACACAAAGGAUGAGACAAUGUAUAGGAUAACAUCAAAAAACAGUGUUUUACCAUUCUGUUGCAGUAGUUAUGACUCAAUCAGUGUGUACCUGAGAUCAGGGAGAUACAAGAGAAAACCUGGAGAGAAGUGUGUCAUUGGUAACUGGCAUGGCAGUGAUAACGUACUGAUACGCCGUCUACAGAUAAACGUACUGACUCACGUCACCAUGAAGGGCACGGAGAUAUACGAUGAAAUACACCAGAUAUUAAAUAUCCCAGAAAAUAAAAUCAAGAGCAGUAAAGAUGAACGAGAAAAAUUUCUAACGGUACUAAGAAGAGAAGGGGAGGCUGUACAUUACAGAGGAAGAUCACAGGACAGUGUAGAUCACGUGACGUGGCUCUGGAGAUACUUUGGUGGAGCGAGACCUGACAUCGUGAGAUCCUGUAUAGGUCUACAUCCACACAACGACAUUUACAUCAUCGACAACAAACCUUACAGAAAACCAAGUAAAAUCCAUAGCUAUCCGGCAGAAGUCAGAUGUCAACUGUAUUGUUUACUUAUAUGGGAUAAAUAUCGGAUUCCUUUCAUUGAACAAUCACACAGAAUCAUAAAGGGCAAAAUCAGACAGAGGUAUUUCCCUGGUAUUACUGAUGACGGCUCGGUAGAUCCCCCUGAUGGAAUCACAGAAACACGUGACGAUGUGAUAACCUUUAUAUCAGACGACAUCCGACAUGACGUCAUGUACGCCUUUGUUACGGAGUGUCUGGUGGAGGACAGUGAUCUGGAGUUUUUCCUGACCACGGCGUCACGUGACGUGAUAUCAGAAUACUGCAGACUCUGGGAUCAUAAGAGAAGUGAGGGAGAGAGAUGUCUGUAUGUACCGAACAGACCGUUUGAUAUGUACGACCUCUUCAUAGACAGUCUACAGCUGGACAUCAUCACACACUGUACCGUAUCUGACAGGAGGAUUCAUCACAGAAUCAGUAAACGUU